ACCAUUAUGAUGUUGGAGCUAGUGACACUCUUUCCCUGGAAAACUGUGAUGAGAGUCUGUCUCAUCUAGAAUAGGGGCAUGUUAUCUUCUGUGGAAGAUAAAGGUGUGUGAACUAGGAGGGAAUGAAGAGGGAAUCAGGAAGCCUGUGAUUUUGUACGAUGUGAGUCAUAGAUUUUUCCCAACUUGGAGAAUGUAUAUUGAGUGGCAGUGGUCCCACUGAGCUCAUUAAGACAUGUGGCUGUAGGUGAGAUAAGACUUUGUUCAGUCUGAGAAGUCUAAAGGGCAAGAGGAAACAUCAAAGUGGCAGAAUCUAGGAUUGUAAACGUUCUGUGAGCCAUGAUGUCUGUAAAGUGCUGGAAUGUCACAAAGAUGGCACCGUCACCCAGACUUAUUCCUGAGUGGAAGGACUUGAAACUCUUCAUAAAUAAUAUGCUGAAGGAUCUAAAGUCUGCUGAGAAACCAAAGAAUGAGGUGAUUGUACUGAGUGACUGGCCUGAGACUCUGUACCAGGAGCCUCACCAUCCCCAGAGCAAGCCUUUCAUCUGCUUCUAUUCCAUCAACAUCAACUAUUUUGUCUCCUUAAACUGGGUGGAACCAGAUUCAAACCAAAUACAGGCAGUACUUUGGAUACAAAAGAAAGAUACAGAAGCAGAAGGAACAAUGGAGAAGAUGAUGUUUUGUGUGAUGGAUCAAGUACCACCCAUUGAAGCAAUGGUCCACACAGGUUCCUACCACAUGUUAGUUGCUUACUGUGGUGACAUGCACCUGUGGCUCUUUGGAGAUCACCAUCGAGCAUUCAUAUCCCUGGGCACAGUGCCCUGUCGUUUCUUCAUCAGCUGCCUCUGCUAUGACCCAGAAACAGAGGUGUUGCUGUCUGGUACCUUGGGGGCUGUGGUUACCUGGCUUAUCUUACCAAAUGGCAGGGACCUCCAGAUGGCACAAACAGUGCCCAUGUCUGGUCAUGAGCUUGUACAGGGCUUUUCCCUGAAUGGCCCCAAGGGGUCUCUCCUGGCCCUUUGUGAGAAUAAGGUAAGGGUCUUCACCCACCAGGGUCAGGGCCAGCUGAAAGAGGUAAGAAAGUUCACUCCCAUAGGCAGUGGCUCUUCCAUCACCUGCUCCUUCACUUGUGUCUCUCAGGGAUAUUUCUAUGCUGGAAACAAGGAUGGAGAGAUCCAUGCUUGGAGUCUAGACCAGGGUAACUUCCUCCACAGCUUCCAGGCCCAUUCCUCAUCAGUUAUAUGUGUUCACAGCCGGCCAGAGAUCCACACCUUACUGACAGCAGGCCGAGAAGGCACAGUAAGGGAAUGGAACCUUGCCGUUGGGAACUUGCUGCGGCAGCUGGAUAUUGGUGAGGGGCUGCGGCAACUGCAGUUUAUUGAUAACACCACUUUUUUCUGCCAGACUACGCACGCUUUCUCACUGCACCACCUGCCUUAUUUUUAUAGCCUCUUCAAUGUCUGUGGUUCUGCUCCUGAGCAGGUGCACCGGGUCUGCUGUGGCCGAAAUUGGACUCGGAUCCUGUGUGCCACUAAGGAUGGUUUGUUGCGCUUCCUGUCUCCAGUGACAGGAGAUCUCCUGGUUCUCACCUGGCCUCUGCUUGUCAUGGAUAAGGCUGUGGCUUGGGCCUAUGACCCAGACAAUGAGGAGCUCUUUGUGGCAACAGGCAGCUCAGAGGUGCUGGUGUUUGAUGCAACGCACUCGCCUUGCACAGCCAAGUAUAUGGUAUGCACUUCAGUAAACUCUAGGGACAGAGUAAGUUGCCUGGCCUACGCACAGUCCCAUUUGGGUAUGGGCCUAGUAGGACUGAUGUUCUGUGGGCAUGACAGUGGCAUUGUGAGAAUCCUCUCCCACUAUAGCUAUGCCCGAAUAGAAAAGACUGUUCAUUCUGGGGCAGUUUUGGCCCUGUCUACCCUGGAAGGUCCCCAGGAAAACUCCUUGCUCUGUUCCUAUGGCAUGGAUAAUACUGUAUACCUGACAGAAGCUUUGCUGUGGAAGAACAAGGUAAUCCUGCAGUCCAUAAGCAAAAUUCUCUGUAGUUGCCCCCUACAACACGUGAUACUGCUGCCGGGUUCUGUGGGUGCCAUCACUGACAACCACUGCUGGCGUCUCUGGCACUAUCAAGAUUUUCUGCAAUCUGCAGAAUCAAAACAAAGCUCUAUGUUUGAAGAGACAAAAUGCCUGCACCGGUGUGCCAUCACUUCAUUUGAUGUCUGCUCCUCCCUGAAACUUUUUGUCACAGGGGGCAUUGAUGGCUCAGUCCGGAUCUGGGACUUCCAUGGUAGACUCAUAACUGAGUUGGAUUCAGCACUGCAUUUUGGUCCACUCUGCUUUGCCAAUAAUCGGGGUGACCUGCUUUUGACUUUCAACCAGAGUCUUUACCUGGUAUCAUGCUUAAAAUUGCUCCCUCCUGCUCGGCUGAUUCACCUAGCUAUCCUAAAUAAUGCAGAUGAAAUACAAGAAGACCCUAAACUCUUUCUGCCUAGCUUCUUCUUUUCUUUUGAAAUAGUACUUGUACCCAAAUUUGUCUAUCUUGGACAAGGGCUGCAGGAAUUACAGGGGCUAGAGGCCCUUGUUAACAAACGGGUCAUUGCCUUUGACAAUACUGUGCCCCAUGUUGUAGAGGAAGAGAGACGUAUGCCUUCUCUGAUUCAAGUGGAACCCAAAUUACAUUUUUUGGAGGAUAAGGAUAUUGCUUUUUCUAUUCCUGACCCCAAGCAUAAUCGUCCCCCACAUGUGGUUCCUGCUCAACUACGGCUGGCUGGCUGGAAUGGGUUGAACCCCUAUCAUAAACUGCAUGGCUUCUUUGGUAAAGGGCGGCAAUGGCCCUUUGCUCCUGAUGGCUACAUCCCCAACUCAGUUAUCCGUGCCUGCCUUUGGCCUGACGGUACCCCAGUCUUCUUACGCCAUGACCUGUACCCAUCCUACCGAGAUACAGACUGGGACAUGACUGAACCCAUCAGACGCCAGACACUGUCACCUAUGCCUCUAUCAGAAGAGAACAUCUCAAUGAGGAGAGAGAGGGAUAAAUCCAAGUGGUGGAAACGAACAUUCUAUGAUGUUCUAACAAGCUUUAUAAACCGAAAUUGGGCAGGAAGAAAACUUGAUGAAGGACUUCUAAAUAAUUUAAUUGAGGCAAUCCUCAGCCUCACAGUUUACUGUUCUAUAGACCAGUACACGACAUAUAUUAGUGCCCUGGCACAAAUUUUUGCCACUUACCAAGUAUCUCCAAGGUUGUGCUCUGAGACUGCCUGUCGCCUGCUGGAAGAUACACUCCAUCCCAACCCAUGCAUCCGUGAGCUAGCCUGGGAGGGGCUAGAUAUGCUUGGCAUCAUGAGCCAUCUCUUUGCUGUUCCACUGAGUCUGGGAUUGAUGGACAGUGAUGAAAAUGUGCGGGCUAAGGCUUUGUACCUUAUGAUAAGAGUCACAGGCAUCCAAAGUAAGAGCAUGCUGGUAGGCCUGCUGAAGGAACAAGAAACCCUCCAAAAAAUGCAGCAGGAACUUAUUGGAGAAACCUCUCUGGACCAGCUGCUGGGGAUCCAAGCUAACGACAUCCAGUGCCUACUUACACGGGUGGAGCAGCAGCUGAAUGAAAACCUGACCUUGUCACACAGAGACCAACAACCUCCUUUUUCUUUAGACAUAUCAAUGGAUGGUGAACCUGAGACCUUUGUCAAACGAACAUUCAUACCUGAAGAGAUCACCAAACGAAAGAAAAGAAUGACAUAUGUUCAAGAGAAGAGAGAAAGUCUUAUUAAAAAGGACCUGAGAGUUUCCAGAAAGAAGAGAGAGACCGAGCUUGUAAAAUUUAGCUCUAUGUUGGUGCCUUCAGAGGAUGAAGGUGAACAGAGAGAGGCCAAGAAAUCAGAGCUAAUUGACACUGAGGAUGUUGCCUUAGAGCCAGAGCUGCCACUAAGUACUUUCAGCCCAGCCAAAUCUGAAGAGGUUGCUGAAUCAAAGGAGGUCUUGACAGAAGCUACAGAAGCUAUGGAAGCCACAGAAGAAGGAAGAGGCCACAUGGCAGUCACAGAGGCAGUGGAAGCCACACAGAUUAUGAAGGCCAUAGAUCAACAUAACAUGAAAGAUUAUGGAGAGAUAUUCCCUAAGCUGGAAAGACAAGAACUCAUGAAAAGACUCUGGGAAAGGGCAGUGGAAAAAAGCCAUGAAAAAGUAGCUGCGAAGUUGAAACAGAAAGAAAAUUUGAAGGAUAUUUCAAAGACGACUGCAGAAGAGCCCAAAGAAAAAGUCAUGCAGAUUGCUGAGCAAGAAAAAGAUACAAGGAAGAAACUUGGAAAGGGUGGCCAAGGUUUGGCUGGUGCCCCUGGACACACGGGUGAAUCAGACACCAGGUCUUGGCGGAAUGACAUUUGCUAUCUUGCCACCGCAAGGAUAGCAAGUUCCCAUCCAGGAAUGUUAAGGGAUCUGGGUCAAGAAUUGGUGGACUUGGCUCGGGUGAUUCUUGCUCCCCAAGAGCCCAGUUGGGAUCUAUUCCAAGAGAUCUGCCCCCUUUUAAAGGACUCCUCAGAAUUGGAGGAAAGAGUGGUAGAAGAACCAUCCACUAUAACAGAAAAGGUGGAUAAAGAGAUUGUGGAGGAAGAAGUGACAGAGUUGGGAAGACAAAGGGGAAAAGAAGCAUUAGAGAAGGACAAGGCAUUUUCUCAAGUCAAGAAAAAGAAAGUUGCUUUCUUAGAUAAACUAGCCUUACAGAAAAGGAAAUUAAAAAAAGAAGCACGGGGACUGGCCAGGCAAGAUGGGAAAAUAGCUGAGGAAGAAAGGAAACUGAGUAAGCCAGAGAAGAAAUUAAUUCAGGGUAAGGAGAAACUGAUCCAGGAUAUGAAGAAACUGACUCAUCAGAAAGAAAAAAUAGCUUGGGAGGAAAAACUACUGGCUUAUCCACAAAAGACAUUAACCAAGGAAGAGCAGAAGUUAGUUUUAGGAGAAAAGAAAGAUACUGGAAAAGGGAAAAAACGACUAGGGGAAAGAAAGAGAGUGACCCAGAAAGAGGGGAGGGCAGCCCUGAAAAGGAGUAAGUGGGACUGGGAGAAGAUUAUGAUGGCCCAUGAAGAAGACAUGUGGCCCCAGGAAGAGGUGUUGCCUGUCUGGGGAGAGAGGAAAUUGUCCCAGGAAGAGGAAGAGCUGGGUGAGGAAGACGAGGAGCUGAGUGAGGAAGAGGAGGAGCCCUGUGAGGAAGAGAAGGAGUUCAGUGAGGAAGAGCCAAGUGAGGAAGAAGAGGAACUGGCCUGGGAUGAAGAGGAACUAAUUCUGGACUUAAAGAAACAAGUUAAAGGUAGGAAGAAAAAGUCCCACAAAAAGAAGAAACACAUUCAAGGUAUAGAGAAACAUGUUGAAGAAGUGGCCCAGAAAAGGGGGGAAUUAGCCCAGGAAGAGGAACAUUUGUCUAGCGAAGAGGAGGGACUGUCUGGGGAAGAAGAAAAACAGGCAUCAGAAAGGGGCAGCUUGGCAGAGCAAGAAAUUAAAUUGACCACAGAGAAGAAUAAAUGGUUAAAAAAGAAAAAAGAGGCCUAUAAAAAGAAACAAAUCCAAGAAAAUGAAAAACAAGUUGGGAAACAGGAGAAAGAAGACCAGAAAGAGAGGCAGGCUAGUAAAGAGGAGAAAAAAGCCAAGGACAGACAAUUAUCCUGGGAAAGAAAGAAACUGGGCCUAGGGCAAGAGGAGAAGCAGGGGGAAAAGGAGAGAAGGGCCCAGAAAGAGGAGAAAACGACUGAGAAGAAGAGGCAAUGGGCCUGGGAAAAAAAGAAAGCAGACUCAGGAGAGGAGGAAAAAGCUGGGGGGAUGAAGAAAUGGUCACAAGAAGAAAAGAAACAGGCCCGGGAAGAAAAGAGAUGGGAUCAGAAAGAGGAAAAAUUGGCUCAAAAAGUGGAGAAACAGGCUGAGGAUAAAAAACAAUGGGCCAGAGAAAAGAUGAAACUGGUCCCAGAAGAAGAGAAAAAGAUAGAAGAAAUUGAGAAAGUGUUCCCUCAAAAAGAGAAACGGGCCAUGGUGGGGGAAAAACAAGCUAAGAAAGAGGAGAAAUGGGUUGGGAAAGACAGGAAAGCCACUGACAAAAAAGAACAACAGACCCACAAAGAAGAGCAACUAGCCCUACAAGAGCAGAUACGGGCCCAAGAAGAGAGAAUAUGGGGUCAGAAAGAGGAGAAAGAGAGCGAUAAAAAAAAACAACGGGCUUGGGUAAAAGAGAAAAUUUUUGUAGAAAGGGAGGAACACGCUGGUGAAGUGGAGAAAAAAUCCCAGGAAAAUGAGGAAAAAGCAUUGAAGAAAAGACUGACCCAGAAAGACAGUGAAUUGGCCAAGGAGAAGAGGCAUAUUGCUAAGAGAAAAAAAGCAGUAGCCAGAAAGGGGAUUGGCAUAACUAAGAGAAAGAAAAAAACUAAGGAAGAGAAAGAAGUUGUGGAAGAAGAGGAAUUGUCCCAGGAAGAGAGGGAAUUGGCCUAUGACAUUAGGAUCAAGGAGAUGGGUGUUGCCAAGAAAAAAAGGAAAAGAACCAAAGAGGAGAGAAUACAGGCAGUGAGGAAACUGGAUAUGGAGAAAGGGAUUUGUUCUGAAGACAAAGAGGCUAGUUCCAGGUUAAAAGAUAUAAGGAAGAAAGAGAGUAACCUGUCCAGGAUCCUGGCUAAAACAGUUAGAAAAAUGAGUAUAGUGCUACCAGAAGAAACAGAAAUAUGUGAGGAAGAGAGAUCAUUCAUGACAGGGAAGAGUGAAAUGGAUGGCCAGAAGUGGGAAUUUUUUAAGGAACAGGGGGAAAUAAUGAAAGAAGAGAAGGAGCUGGGUCAGGAAGAGGGAAAAGUAGAAGAUGAUAGGCUGGCCACCAGAGAGAGAACACUGACUGAUGGAGAGAGCUUGAAGGAGAACCGAAAGUUACUACAGAAGGUCCAGGGAAAGAUACUAUUAGAUAGAGUCCAGGUAGAGAGUAUAUUAAAGGAAGUCCAGGAACAAAAUAUGUUAGGAAAAAAGCGGCUAAAGAAACUUCUGAGGAGAAUUGAGAAGAAUAAACUAAAAAAGACUCCACUGAAGUGGUUAUUAGAGAAUAUCAGAGAUACUCUGUUUGAAGGCUUAUCUGAGAGUUUUAUUGGGAAGGAAAUAAAGGAAGGUCCAACUAAGAAGGGGAAAGAGGAGGAGAGCAUUACUGAGGAAGAAAAGGAAGGGAUUCUGCCCAGGAAGGAGAAAGGGAAAUAUGUGAUUAAGAAGAAGAAAAAGAAGGUAAGCCUGAGUGAAGAGAAAUUGAAGGAGAAUUUGGCUAAGAAGCAUAAAAAACAAAGUUCAUCCCAAAGAAGGAGAAAGGGAAAGAGGUUGACUCAAGAGAACGAGAGGCUGAGUAAGAAGAAAAAAGAGGGCCCACAUGAGGAGGAGAGCCUGGAUGAGGAGGAGGAGAGCCUGAGUGAGGAGGAGAAGGAGAGCUUGAGUGAGGAGGAGGAGAGCUUGAAUGAGGAGGAAGAGGAGAGCCUGAGCAAGGAGGAAGAGGAGAGCCUGAGCCAGGAGGAGGAGGAGAGCCUGAGCCAGGGGGAGGAGGAAAUGGGGAAGAUAGAGAAAAGGGAGAAGGAGGAGGAAAGACAGAAGGAUGGGGAGAGCAGACUUAUGGAGGUGAUACUCCCAGAAGAGGGAGUAUUGAAAACAGAGCUCUCCAAGGAGGAAGUGAGCUUAUCAAAGCUAACAAUAGAAGAUGAGUCUCUUGCUGAGAAAAGAAAAGGUACAACUAGAAGGAAAAUGACUUUUAAGAAAGAAAGAUUGCUUGAUGGAAAGAGAGAUCCCACACUUAGGGAUAAAGUCAUGUGGCCAACAGUUCUGAAAAGCCCCUUCAAAAUGCCACUCCCAGUAGCUCUGGAAAAGCAGAGAAUGCCCAGGAAAGUGUUAGGGGAUCAUUUAGAUUUGAAAGGUCAGGAAAGUCAACUUCUUGGAGCACACCCUGAGACAAGUUCUUGGAGAAGACAAGAGGAUGUGCUCUUGGAGAAAGCUAGGGGUAUGUUUUUACAAGGGAGGGGAACAGGCUUACAGGCCCAGAUCCCAGAAGGCCUCCAUAGGCCAGAGUCCCAUUUAUCUGAUAUGAUCAGGAAACCACAGAAAUCUGAACAUAGACCCAAAGGUGACAUGUGGAAGUGGUUCUUGAAGUCCCAGGAUUUGCCAAUGGGGAAAACUGAGGGCCAGGUCGUAGGCCCAGCCCUAGCCUCAGCCCCAUCCCUUACUUCUGCACCAGCUGAAAGGCCAUGCUACUCAGAAGCAAGCUUCUCAGAUGAGGACUGGAUUAACAAUGCCUUAAUAAGGCUGGAAGCAGGAGAGCAGCUUUCCAGGAACAGUUUCCAUCGACUGCACCAGCUCCUCAGAAACCUCACUUCAAAGGGAUACUUGAAAUGGAUGCGUCUAUACAAUCUUAAAGCCAUUGCUAAACACUUCAGGAAGAACCUAGAAGUAAGUCAUGCAGACAUAUCACAACCCUAUAAGGAUGUUUUGAGUCCAGUGCACUUAAAAGGGAUCCCUCCAAUUAGAAGAAAAGAAAAAUGCAGCCGGCUAGAACCAUUCCCUGUUGUUGAAGCAGUGUUGCCAUUGGCUGCCACAAGGCCUCAAACCCCACACUGUCUCAGUUGGCCUCUCUUAGAUGAGUCCUACAGGAAGAAGCAGGCACAACAGUUAUCUUCUGCUGUUAAGCAGAUGUUGAACCUUUAUCCAGUAAGAAAGGAUGUUCCUACAACUGUCUAUCCCUCUGUGGAUAUAAAAUCCCUGGACUUGAUAUUCCAGAAAGACUUCCAGGUCUUGAGGGAGAAAGGAGAGCUCCCCAAAUUUCACAAGGCAGAGAAGGAAGCACUGCCCAUCCCUUCACCAGUAUUCCCAUCAACCACCAAGAGGAUUCAAGUCCCAAAGGCUAUAAACUGGCAUCUUUUAGGAGAACCUUACAGGAGUGCUCGGGUACAGCAGUUAUCCAAUGCCCUCAAAGAGAUGGAAAUGCAACACUUUUAUCCUAUCGCACGUGAGAUUUUCACAGGUGCCCAUGACUCUGUGGACAAACAAACUCUAGCAUUGAUGUUUCAGAAGGAUCUCAGAGCUUUUAAGGGAAAAGACAGGCCCCUCACAUUGCCCAAGUUGAAGAAGGCGCAGCCCGUCUCUAAGAAAAAGGAAAAGCUGCCUCAAUGGGAGACAUUUGUGGCACUCUACUAUGUUUUGCGGACAUUGCAGCAACAAUAUGCAAAAGACCGCACUGCUUGGAUGGAACAGUUUUACCAACUCAUGGAUCUGUACCAAUUUAAGUCCCCCAAAAUCCAGAGGCUCCUACUACAGUUGCUGCAGAGAGAGGCACUCCAACCUCAAGAGACCAUCUAUAAAAAUGCCCUGAAAGCCAAGGAGCUGGUACUUGGUGAACGGUUGUUCUGUGGCCUGUUUUGUGGUCAUUCUUGUGCCCCUGCAGGUCCUCUCAAGUUCCAUGAUGUUGUACCUCUGCCUGGGAAGAGCAAGGUGCAUACUAUCCAACCUGUGGGCAUUGCCCAGUAUGGGUUCCUAGAACUUGCCUGGAAAAGUCUACCACAAGUCAGUCCUUACCUUAUUGAGAGGCUGCCCAACAUCUCUACUCCAACUCUAUGAUUUGGCCUAACAUUAGGACUUUGGGGCCUUGCUGGGAAAUAAGCCUGGCCAUAGAUUUUAAGCCUCCUGUACCCACUUCAAGGUGGGCCUAAACAAGUAUUUGUAUUCAUUUGGCUCCAGAAACCUGCUACCUUGUACUGAAUAAAAUGACAUUUCUCAUUUGUAACAAA